CUUUUGAAAGAUGAAAUUUUGAAGAAAAAUAUUUACUACAGGAAAUUCAUAAGCUUUGAAGCACACAGUGAAUGAACCAGCAAGAAAGCAUCCAUCGUCAGUCACGAUUGCCAGGUAGUGUCUCGGGCUAAUAGAUCCUUCAUCGCAGUCACUGUCAGGAUACUUGAAAGGACUCACGAUGAGGGUAGUAAACUGGAUCACCACUAUAUUGGUAGUAGUACUGAGUACCGCAGACUUUUUCUGCAACAUGGACAACAUUCAAGAAGUUUCCUAUAAUUUUGGGUACAUACUUCCAAUGAUAGCUACCAUUUUAAAGACUCUGGUAAUCCACAGGAAUCAGGAGGCCUUCCAUGAGCUUAUCGAUAAGGUCCAUGGUCCCAUCAAAAAGCUUAAGUACUCAUCUGAUUUAGGAAUAAUAACCGAGAUCCAGGUAGCGAUGACCUACCAAAAUUUUGAUUUCUCGAUGUUUAUAUUAGCAAUUACGUCUGUUAGUUUGUCUUGCUUGUUACCGAUAAAAACAAUUUUGAGAACGCGAAUCCUGCCGAUCCGGGCUACUUUUCCCUUCGACGAGACACCAUCCCCCCUGUUUGAAAUAAUCUACGCGAUCGAAUACUACAGUCUGGUUACCAAUAACUUGUGGGUCCUGAUCCAUGAUCCUGCAGUCAUGGGACUGAUCAGGUGGAUAAACAUCCAGCUAGUGGUGCUCCAGUCAAACUUCCGUCACUGUAACAAUUUUGACACACCCCGCGCCACUUUUUCGAUGUCCAAUGAAAAUUACGAAAUCGCCUUGAACUACAAGUACUUUAAGACAACUGAAAAGCAACGAGAAAUCCAUGCCUUCAUUCCUUUCACUGAAGAUGAGGUACGCGUCGACCAAGACUCAUUCAUCAAGAGGUUCAAGCUGUGCGUAUUCCACCAUCGUAGGAUAAUAGACGUAAUUGAUGCAUACAACAAUCUUUUCAGUCUGGUUUUCUUCGCCCAAAUAGCCUCUGAUUGCAUGCUAACUUGCAUUGGUCUUUUUCAAAUGGCGCUGGGUCUCAAGAAAGGUAGAAACAUCUUUAGAGAUUUGAUAAUGCUUCUCAGUGGGCUUUGUCACCUGCUCUACUGGUCUAUUUAUGGGGAUUUUCUUAUCAAAGAGCAUGACGCCUUGCAGAGAAGCAUUUACGAUUGUGGAUGGGAAAAUCAUUUUAAAACAAAUGACAAACAAGUAAUUAUCAUAGGAUUAUUACAAGGACUUACGCCGAUGGUUAUGACCGCGGGUUACUUUUUCAUUUUUUCCAUGGAAACUUACUUGUCGAUAAUACAAAAGUCUUAUUCAUACUUUGCUAUCCUCAAUACUAUGAUGACUGAGGAGUAAAAAAUGUGACAUCAAUAUGAAUCAACAUUGUUUUUCUUAUUCAGUACUGACAUGAAUAUUAAUCAACAUUGUUAUUCUCAUGUAUGUACUAGUACUGCAUAGCACCGAAUCACAGUGUAAUUAUUUAUCAUAGACUUUUUCAAACUAUCAAUGUUAAAAUAUUCAACUAGUGGUAAUUAAUAUUAAUAAUUUUAUUUAUUUCAAAGUCUUUAACACCAGAAAAAAGUUUUCUUUCUUACAAAUGACUAACAA